GACGCCACACGCUGAGGCGGGGCCGAGAGUUUGGUGCCCCGGAGUGGGGUGUCGGCGCCUCAUUCGGGUGGAGCUGAGCCGGAGACAGACAGUCGUGAGAGACUUCAGGACAAGAAUGUUUCACUUAAGGACUUGUGCUGCUAAGUUGAGGCCGUUAACGGCUUCCCAGACUGUGAAGACAUUUUCACAAAACAGACCAGCAGCAGCUAGGACGUUUGGGCAGAUACGGUGCUAUACUGCCCCCGUUGCUGCAGAGCCUUUCCUCAGCGGGACUAGUUCGAACUAUGUGGAGGAAAUGUACUAUGCUUGGUUGGAAAACCCCAAAAGUGUACACAAGUCAUGGGACAUUUUUUUCCGAAACACCAAUGCCGGAGCGCCCCCAGGCACUGCCUACCAGAGCCCACUCCCCCUGAGCCCAGGCUCCCUGUCAGCUGUGGCCAGAGCGCGGCCCCUGGUGGAGGCCCAGCCCAACGUGGACAAGCUGGUGGAGGAUCACCUGGCGGUGCAGUCGCUCAUCAGGGCUUACCAGAUACGAGGGCACCAUGUAGCACAGCUGGACCCCCUGGGAAUUUUGGAUGCUGAUCUGGACUCCUCCGUGCCCGCUGAUAUUAUCUCAUCCACAGACAAACUUGAUCUUGCAGUUUUCAAGGAACGACUUCGAAUGCUAACAGUAGGAGGAUUCUACGGUCUAGACGAGUCUGACCUGGACAAGGUCUUCCACCUGCCCACCACCACAUUCAUUGGAGGGCAGGAGUCAGCUCUUCCUCUGCGGGAGAUCAUCCGACGCCUGGAGAUGGCCUACUGCCAGCACAUUGGGGUAGAAUUCAUGUUCAUCAAUGACCUGGAGCAGUGCCAGUGGAUCCGGCAGAAAUUUGAGACGCCCGGGGUCAUGCAGUUCACCAACGAGGAGAAGCGGACCCUGCUGGCCCGACUCGUGCGCUCUACCAGGUUUGAGGAGUUCCUGCAGCGGAAGUGGUCAUCUGAGAAGCGCUUUGGUCUGGAAGGCUGCGAGGUACUGAUUCCUGCCCUCAAGACCAUCAUUGACAAGUCCAGUGAGAACGGAGUGGACUACGUGAUCAUGGGAAUGCCACACAGGGGGAGACUGAAUGUGCUUGCGAACGUCAUCAGGAAGGAGCUGGAGCAGAUUUUCUGUCAGUUCGACUCAAAGCUGGAGGCAGCUGAUGAGGGUUCUGGAGAUGUGAAGUACCACCUGGGCAUGUAUCACCGGCGGAUCAACCGUGUGACCGACAGGAAUAUCACUUUGUCGCUGGUGGCAAACCCUUCCCACUUGGAGGCUGCUGAUCCCGUGGUGAUGGGCAAGACCAAAGCUGAGCAGUUUUACUGCGGGGACACUGAGGGGAAGAAGGUCAUGUCCAUCCUUCUGCAUGGGGACGCCGCAUUUGCUGGCCAGGGCAUCGUUUACGAGACCUUCCACCUGAGUGACCUGCCGUCCUACACGACUCAUGGCACUGUCCACGUGGUCGUCAACAACCAGAUCGGCUUCACCACAGACCCGCGCAUGGCCCGCUCCUCGCCCUACCCCACUGAUGUGGCCCGAGUGGUGAAUGCCCCUAUCUUCCAUGUGAACUCGGAUGACCCAGAGGCAGUCAUGUAUGUGUGCAAAGUUGCAGCCGAGUGGAGGAGCACCUUUCACAAGGAUGUGGUGGUGGACCUGGUGUGUUACCGGCGCAACGGCCACAACGAGAUGGAUGAGCCCAUGUUCACCCAGCCGCUGAUGUACAAGCAGAUCCGCAAACAGAAGCCUGUGCUGCAGAAGUACGCAGAGUUGCUGGUGUCGCAGGGUGUGGUCAACCAGCCUGAGUACGAGGAGGAGAUCUCCAAGUAUGACAAGAUCUGUGAGGAGGCCUUCACCAGGUCCAAGGAUGAAAAGAUCUUGCACAUCAAGCACUGGCUGGACUCCCCCUGGCCUGGCUUCUUCACCCUGGAUGGGCAGCCGAGGAGCAUGACCUGCCCCUCCACAGGCCUGACGGAGGACAUUCUCACACACAUUGGGAACGUGGCCAGCUCCGUGCCUGUGGAAGAUUUCACCAUUCACGGAGGGCUGAGCCGGAUCCUGAAGACCCGUGGGGAGCUGGUGAAGAACAGGACUGUGGACUGGGCUCUGGCAGAAUACAUGGCUUUUGGCUCCCUACUGAAGGAGGGCAUCCAUAUCCGGCUGAGUGGCCAGGAUGUGGAGCGGGGCACUUUUAGCCAUCGCCACCACGUCCUGCAUGACCAGAACGUGGACAAGAGAACCUGCAUCCCCAUGAACCACCUCUGGCCCAACCAGGCCCCCUACACCGUAUGCAACAGCUCACUGUCCGAGUACGGGGUCCUGGGCUUUGAGCUGGGUUUUGCCAUGGCCAGUCCUAACGCCCUGGUCCUCUGGGAGGCCCAGUUUGGUGACUUCCAUAACACGGCCCAGUGCAUCAUCGACCAGUUCAUCUGCCCAGGACAAGCCAAGUGGGUGCGGCAGAACGGCAUCGUGCUGCUGCUGCCCCACGGCAUGGAGGGCAUGGGCCCAGAACAUUCCUCCGCCAGGCCAGAGAGGUUCCUGCAGAUGUGCAAUGAUGAUCCAGACGUCCUGCCGGACCUUAAGGAAGCCAACUUUGACAUAAAUCAGCUGUAUGAUUGCAACUGGGUUGUCGUCAACUGCUCCACCCCUGGCAACUUCUUCCACGUGCUACGUCGCCAGAUUCUCCUGCCCUUCCGGAAGCCGUUAAUCAUCUUCACCCCGAAGUCCCUGCUGCGGCACCCCGAGGCCAGGUCCAACUUUGACGAGAUGCUUCCAGGAACCCACUUCCAGCGGGUGAUCCCAGAAGAUGGCCCUGCGGCACAGAACCCAGGAAACGUCAAGAGACUUCUCUUCUGUACCGGCAAAGUGUACUAUGACCUCACCCGAGAGCGCAAAGCGCGGGACAUGGUGGAGCAGGUGGCCAUCACCAGGAUCGAGCAGCUGUCGCCUUUCCCCUUCGACCUCCUGCUGCAGGAGGUCCAGAAGUACCCCAACGCUGAGCUGGCCUGGUGCCAGGAGGAGCACAAGAACCAAGGCUACUACGACUACGUGAAGCCCAGGCUGCGAACCACCAUCAGCCGCGCCAAGCCUGUGUGGUAUGCUGGCCGGGACCCAGCAGCAGCUCCAGCCACCGGCAACAAGAAGACCCACCUCACGGAGCUGCAGCGCCUCCUGGACACAGCCUUCGACCUGGACGCCUUCAAGAACUUCUCGUAGAUGCCGCCUGGGCUGCUUGGGCCGCCCUGCACCUCACGACUGCCCCUUGCUUCCAACUAAAGCAUCGUGCCUCUGCACUGCCCACACCUCUGCCCGUCCGUACCGCACACGCCCCGUGCUCACUUAGGAACUAGGCUGUUGCCCCAUCCUGUGCUUGGCUGCCCCCCAAGCCAGAUGCCCACCCCCCCGGGCUCUACAGCUUCUGUCCAGCUGAGCAGCCUUCAUGGAGACAGUGGGGAGCGGGAGGUGGGGAGGGAGCCCCUGCAGGUGUCCUGGGAGGGAGAGAUCUGCCCCCACCCCAUCCCCCCAGCUCACCUGUGCCAGCAGUCCUGGUCACCCAGCAAGGGGUUCCCGCACCUGGACACGGGUGGCCUCCUCUCCCCAAGCUGAGCCCCCAACCCCUCGCAGGAGCCAUCACUGUCUGAGGGUUUGUGGGGUGGGUGGGCUCUGGCAGGACCCUCACCACACGGUGGGCCAAGGGCACUGCUGCGGGACGGCUGCUGGAGAUGGCCCGAGACUGGCCUGGCACAGAGCGGGAGGGUCCACUCUGCAGCGGCCACUUCCACUGCUCCAGAGGGUCCCGGCCACGUGCGGGCCACGUACACUCCACCACCUGGGGCUGGUUGUGGCCCGAAAGUGCCGCUCAGGGCCGGGGUGCUGGCUGCUCCUCUGGUCCUGCUCUCCCUUCACCUCCAAGCCACCUCCUUUCCUCUUCCCUUCAACGUGAUGGAGACUCCGAAGCAUUCUUCUCUCUGCUGUGCCAAAGCUGGUCAGAGGGGGAGAGGAGGGGCAGGAGUGAGGGCAGCACAAGGCCAAGGGGCCAGCUCCCCUGACCCGUCACAGGGACAAAUCUGAUUUAUUUAUUUUGGUUAAAAAAAGUAACAAGAAACUUUGCAUUGCAUUUGGCUUGACCCAUAAAAUCUGAGUUCUCCUUGA